CUUUCACUUUCUCUCUCCUUUACCUUUCCUUUUCCCUUACUCUGCAAACCCAGAUCUGGGUUCUCUCGCAAACUUCAUCUUCUUCCUCCUUUCCUUUCCCUGCUCAUCCUUCUUCCUUCUUCUUCUUAUUCUUUCUCUCUCUCUCCUCUCCUUUCUUCUUCCUUUCUCAAACCCAGAUCUGGGUUUUAGAAAAGCUGCUCCCUUCUUCGGCUUGCUUUUCGAAACGAUACCAACGUCCUCACCCGGCGAUGCUUGCUUUCCGUCAUAUCAAACUCCAAUAAAUAAUCCAUAAAAUUCAUCAACCUGCUCUGUGUUACCGGACCUGGACUCUUCCUUAUCAGAACCCGGUUCUUCUUCAGUAAUGACUCCAGCCCCAUUAGCCACGCUACCACUCUUGGAUCAGCACUAGAACUAGCCGCAACCUGGAGUUGGAUCUUACCCUCGUCAACAAACUCGGUUGCCUCAUCCACCUCAACAAACUUGGUUACCCCCUAAUUCCCGUCCCUUGCCAUCCGUGAAGACUAUUGGUCUAAAGAGGCCACUCCACCCUGCUUGAUGCUUGGGGACGCUUGGAGUAGCCUGGGUUCGGCGUCAGUGGACAAUGGGUAUUUUAGGAGAAAUUAUUCAACCCUUGCUGUAGCUGUAGCAGCAAUAGAGAGUGAAGAGGAAGAAGUAGGUGAAAGCAAGGGAGAGGAAAGUGAUCAAGGCGAAGGGGAAGAGAAGGAGGGUAUAGAUCUGGUUUCGUUCUUUUGCUUAUUUUGUGUUUUCUAUGUGUAUUUUCUAGGUUUAAUACCCAAUUUGGUCCCUAAACUUUCAUUUCAAAACUUAGUUCGUCCUUUAACUUCAAAAAACACUCAAGUCAUCCUUUAACUUUAUUUUUCUAUAACCCAAAUCGUCCUUCCGUUGACAAAUUGCAUACCUGGCACGUUAAGUGUCCAACAAUUACCACUUUUAAUUUUUAUAAGCUUACAUGGAAAAAACAACACAGCCAAUUGAUAACACGAAAACAAAUUCAUUCAACCUCG